AUGUCCGGCGCCGGCCUCUCCUACGGACUAAAUCUCUCUAAGAAAAAACCCGCAAACAAACCCCAGCCUGCAAAACGAAAAGGUCUCUUUGAUGACGACGACUCCGACGACGACAGCAAGCCCACCUCCACAGGCGUCGAAGAAAUUGGCGAAUUCGGCGGUCUCUCAAGCGCCAAAAAACCAUCUCUGCCCUCACGAAAUGCAGGACCACCAAGUAAAUCCAAGCCCAAUGGUGGCGCAAAGAAGGCGCCAAUUAGCAUGUACGGCGACCUCUCAGCAUCUUUCACAUCGAAGAAACAUGCCGAGAAAGCGGAGGAAUUAAAUGCGAAUAUCUACGACUACGACGCGGUCUACGAUUCGCUGAAACCGCAGAAGAAUGUCACGCAGGAGGAUAAAGAGAGGAAACCAAAGUACAUGUCUAAUCUCCUGGCCGCCGCUGCGGUAAGGAAGCGCGAUGCGACGAUUGCGGAGGAGAAGAAGUUGGCGAGGGAUCGGGAGGCGGAAGGUGAUGAGUUUGCGGAUAAGGAGAAGUUCGUUACGUCGGCGUAUAAGAAGCAGCAGGAGGAGAAUAGACGGUUGGAAGCUGAAGAGAAGAUCAGGGAGGAGCAGGAGCUGAAGAAGAAUAAGGGUGCGGGAAUGACGAAUUUUUAUAAAAAUAUGUUGGAGAAGGGGGAGCAGAAACAUGCUGAUAUUGUCAAGGCGGUGGAAGAGAGAGCCAAGAUGGGACCUGAAGUGGAAGAAGAUGAGAAGAAGGAGAAAACUGAGGCGGAUAUUGCGAGGGAAAUUAAUGAGAAGACGGGUGGUGCUAUUGCUGUUAAUGAUGAGGGGCAAGUUGUUGAUAAGAGACAAUUGCUCAAGGGUGGUCUCAAUAUUGUCCCCAAACCAAAAAGUGCAGCGCCGACCAAUACUGCACGUGGAGGAACAGCCUCUGAUCGAAGUAGAGGAGCCGGAUUCGUAGGCGCUGGUGGUGGAAAACAGGCAAUGAGGGAACGACAAUCACGAAUGAUGGAGGCACAGCUAGAACAAGCCACCAAGCGAGCCCUGGAAGAAGAUGAAGAGAGACAAAAGAUUGAACGAGCUUCGAAGAGUAGAAAGACCGAGGGGGAUAUCAUGAGUGCCAAAGAAAGAUAUCUUGCUCGUAAAAAGGAGGCUGAGGAGGCGAAAAAGAGGGGUGAGGUGCCUUGA